AUGUACCCGAAGAAACAACAGGGGGAAGUGUCAGAAGCCGAUCAACAUGAACUUACGGUAGUGCCGGCAGUGGUUACAGCAGACGACGUAGACACAAGUGGUGAUAUGGGUGAUAAACCUACUGAUGGAGUUGCUUUCACCCUUGGGGAUUGGUACAAAAAGUGGAGCAGAUUACUUAACAGGAACAACUAUGAAGUGAACAAAAAUACACGAGUGUGUUCAAAUCAUUUUGAAUAUGGUCAGCCACGCGAGUUAUCACCACAUCCCAAACUUCAUAUGAAAGGGUAUGAAAUUACAACUCCUAGACGGCUUCUAAUGAGAAAAACUGAAGUGCAUUCAAAACCUGUGGCUUCAAAAAGCAGGAAAAAACUUUCAGAACUUGUAGACUCGGAAAAUGUAAGUCUGACAACAAAUAUAUGUACGGAUUCAAGUACAUGUAAUAUAUCUGAUGAUAUAAUUGAUGAGAAUGAAAUAUCAAAAGAAAGUCUGAGUGCAGAAAUACAAUUCCUGAAAAUCCAGCUGGCUGAAAAAGACCACCAGCUUUCCAGUGCAAAAGAAAAAAUUAAGGAUCUUGAAAAAAAAAAUUCAUUUGGUAUAAUCAGCAUUAAACAUUCGGAUAAUCUUAUAAGGCUACAUACAGGAUUAGCGUCAUAUUCCUUAUUUUGUUGGUUACUUGAUGAAGUUAGGGUACCAGCUUCAAAUAUGAAGUAUUACAAAGAGGUACAGACAGAGAGGCCAUCCUUGGACAGCACUAAUUCUGCUUUAUAUUCUAACUACAAGUCCAGACACACAUACAAAGUUUUAGUUGCAUGUACUCCAGGGGGUACAGUCUCAUUUGUAUCGCAUGCAACAGGUGGUGACAUGUCAGAUGUUGAACUUGUUAGAAGAUGUGGCAUUUUAGAUUUAUUUGAAAAAGGUGAUAAAGUUAUGGCAGAUAAGGGCUUUAAUAAUAAAGAUGACUUUCUACUAGGAGAUGUUGAACUAAUAAUUCCAGCAUUUGCAAGAAAAAACAUUCAGUUUAGGGAAUCCAAAAAUAUCAGCAAUACUGAAAUUUCAAAUGCUCGGAUUCAUGUUGAGCGUGUUAUUGGACGAAUGAAAGAUUUUAAAAUCUUGCAAGGACCAAUUCCAUUGAUUUUAAGUGAUGUAGUUGACAAUAUUGUUUUUGUAUGUGGUUGUCUGGUAAACCUGUCUGUCAAAGGCUCGUCUUUACAUUCACAGCUGCAGAUUGAACAUACAACAGCUGGAUUAGAAGAAGGAUUUUUAAUUUCUAAACAUCCAAGACCACAACAAUCACAUAUUAUUAAACUGUCUGGUGUGGCUGCCAACCAAGGAUUUUCUUUGCAAAUGUGA